AUGUUAACAUUAUUAUUGCUACAAGUGGUGUUAUCACAGAAAAUUUUAGAUUCUCCACUUGAGUAAGUCAUAUGGUGCAAAUCAGAAACCUUCAUACUUACAGCAAAGGGUAUGCUCUAUAAAAAUUUUACAUCUGAAAUGCCUAAAUUUAUAAGCAAUGUAAUUCAAUCUAAUAUAUUUUGUUUAGUUUACUAUAAGAGAAAUCUUAUAAUCUGAAGCAGAUUCUUAAGUACUUUAUUUUAUUGGAGAUUUUGAUACAUCUUAUGUUUCUUAAAAUUGUGGAAAAACCUAUACUAAAUUUAAACAUGAUAAAACAUUACAUGAUUUCAAACUAAAUUCCUUAGAAGCACAUAGUCUAAUGGCUUUUAAAGAUUUUAGAUGUAAUUCAUCAACAACCUUAUGCAAAGAUAAAUAUAAGAAAUAGAUUUAUGUAAGUAAUGAUUAUGGAGCAAAUUGGAGGAUGGUACUUAAUAGAACCAGAGAUGCUAUAUGGGAUAAAUUAAUAGAAUUACCAGAAAUUCCUGAUUCUAGAAUUGUUGCAUCUUAUAUCAAUGAUUAAGGUCAUUAAUAAGUAAGUUACAGUGAUGAUUACUUUAACACAUUUAAAUUACUUAGAAAUAAUUCUUACGGUUUCUAUCAGACAAAAGAAUAUCUCUUUAUUUUGAUAGAUGCUGAUAGUUUUAGCAAGGGUUAUGAUUUAGAAGUAAUUAAAUAAGGUACUCUCAAUCCUGUGGAAUUGGUUUUACCUAUAGAGGAUCAUUAAAAAUAUACUUUUACUGUACUUGAUACUGUUAAUGGAUCUAUAUUCAUUUCAAUUUCUCAUCUUGAAGAUAUGCCUAAAAUAAUGAAUAUAUAUCAAAGUGACAGUACUGGUACAAAAUAUACAUUAUCGUUAAUAAAUAAUGUAAGAAGUUUGGAUACUGGAAAUUGUGAUUUUGAACCUAUUAUAAGAGGAACAUAUAUUGCUAAUAUUUAUGAUAAUGUUGAAUUUGAGAAAUUUAAAAUGAGAAGAUCUACUAAGAACACUGAUGGAAUUAAAAGAUUAGAGAACUAUAAAUAAACAAGAAUUACAUUUGAAUAAGGAGGUGAAUGGCAUGCUUUAAAAGCCCCUAAAUAUGAUUAUAAAGGUUAACCAAUAUAAUGUAAUGGAGAUUGUUCAUUACAUCUUCUUGGAAGAAGUGAAGCUCCUCGUAAUAGAAUAAUAAGUCAUUCUUAUAUUGCCAUAGGUACAGGUAAUACAGGUAUUUAUUUGGGAAAUGAAUAUAAAACAUAUCUUUCAAGAGAUGGAGGUCAUACUUGGUUUGAAAUAUUAGAUGGAAUGCAUAUUUAUGAUAUUGCUGAAAAUACAGGAGUCAUUGUAUUUGUGAGUGAUGAAGAAUAAGCAAAUGAAAUAUUAUACUCUUGGGAUGAAGGUAUGACAUUCUAAAAAAUUAAAAUGAAUGUUACUUUUGAUAUAACAAAUGUAGUAUAUAAGAAUGGUAAAUUCCUAUUUCAUGGAAUAUAAGAUAGUAAAACUCUUGGAGUUGCAAAACAAGAUGAUUUUACAUCAAGUGCUCUUAAAGGAGUUGUUGUAUCUUUAGAUAUAAAUUAAAUUAUGGUUAGAGAAUGCUAAGGAUUUGAUAGAGCAGGUGAAUAAGAUUCAGAUUAUGAAUUUUGGUAUCCUUCAAAUUAUGCAGGAGAUAAAUGUUUAUUUGGAUAAAAAGAGAAAUAUAUUAGAAGAAAGAGAAGCUCUUAAUGUUAUAAUAAGUAGCCUAAUUUACCAGUUUAAACUGAAAAUUGUCCAUGUACUAAAGCAGAUUGGGAAUGUGAUGUAGGGUAUAAAAGAGACAUCUAUUCAAAUUGUGUACCUAUGAAAGAAAUUAAACCAAAAGCAUGUAAGGGAACAUAUUUAAAAAGUUAAGGAUAUAGAAAGAUAUCUGGAGAUGAAUGUUAAGAUGGGUAUUUAUAAAUAUUAAGAAUUUAGUGUUUAUUUGGGACCAAUCGAAACAAAAUGUACUGAAGAAGAUUAAGUAACUCAAAAAGAUAAUAUUAAUAUUAAAUAAGGUAGAGUAAGUGAUAUACCAAAUUAUACAGAACCUGUAAAAACUCAAAUCAUUAAUCCUAAUAAAAAUAUUGAAAAAAAGGUUGAUGGUGGCAUUAAAUACACAUAUUUAAUUUUUGGAGUCAUUUGCUUAAUAAUUACAUAUAUUAUAAAAAAAAAGUAUUUUGAUGUGAAAUAUUAAACGAAAAAAAGAUAGCCAGCAUAUUAUUAUCCUGUUAAAUCAUAGGAAAAAUAAAGAUUAUUUGGUGAACCUUGA